UCAUACAAACAAGUGUGCGCGUUGAAAAAGUUUGGCCACUUUAUAAUUUCAACACAUAUAGCCAAUCCAAAUCCAUAAAGGCAUAGAGCAGUGACAGUUUGGAGCUAUUCAAAUAUAUUCAAAGUUUUUUCAGAUAAAUCACACUCUUCAACCUUCUGCUUCUGUUUUCUCUGCAUCUAUUUGUUGUUCAAUCCAAUGCAAUGCAACCCUUUCUUUGUUUCUCUGUCUUCAUAUAGUAAAAACCUUUAACCCACACCACUCUUGUUUUGCCUUUUUUCACCUGUUCACAGACUCUUUAUCUAUAAAUUCUCACCAGGGAAUUAAUAACCUUGUCUGAGGUUUCUUGGGAACCACAUCAUCUUUUACAUUACUGUUAUUUUUCCCCUUUUAAAAGUUUCAACCCGGUCCAUUUCUUGUAAGGCACAACAAAAACACUAGAACGGUAGAACCGGUCACUUUCUGGGUGAAGCAAGUUCUUUGUUUUGAUUUAAGAAUCCAAAUAUGAAUGAAUAUUGGAAGAGAAGUGGUGAAAUACCAGCUUUUGGGAACUGGGAUUACGUGAACGAGUUUCCAAUAACUCAGUAUUUUGAGAAUCCAAGACAAGCUGGUUUGAUUCGUUAUAGUUCUUCAUCUGGUGAGAGUGAUCUUAAUGUGCGCGUAGAACACGAUCUGUAUGCGGUUGAUUCUAAGAAACCUGUUGGAAAGGCGAGGAGAAUAAAAGAUAGAAGGUACAGGAAUCAUGCAAUGGUUAAUGAGAAAGUAACAACAGUUAGAAAACAGUGGAAAGUAUACGAUGAAAAGGAACAUCCAAGGAAACAGACAAUGAACAACAAGAAGGUAGUACAUGCAAACGACGUCGUUCGCAGAGGUCAUCAGUUACCUUCCAAACAACAUGCAAAACCAGUUGAUGAAGAUCUGUAUAAGAUACCUCCUGAACUUCUUCGUAAAACCAAACGGAAAAAGAUGUUUGGGUUCAUUUCCAAAUGUUUGGUACCUGCUGCUUGCGUUCCAUGAGUGACAACACCAACCAAGCCUAGGAAGUUUUCUUUUUAUUUUGGUCGACAAGCACUUUUUUGGUUACAAUAUUUAAAUGUUGUUAUUUUUAUAUUGGUAAAUUUUAAAUUUAAAUAAAGUAUUGUGACCAAAGAAAAGUUUUGUUUGCAAUGCUGCUGGUUGUGCACUAUGGCACAUAGAGGCCACAUGUGACUUUUUUUGUAAGCUAAUAAUGAAUGAAUGAAUUAAUUUAUUAUUCACUCCGUUUCACAAUAAGUGUCGUUUUAGUGAAUAAAAUUGUUUUAAAAUGAAUGUCAUUUUUACUUUUUAAUGUAAUAAUGAUUUUCAUUUUUUCUAUUGUAUCUUUUUAAUUAUUCAA